CGGAAGUUAAAGCGGAGCGACAGCUCGCGCAUAUUUUUCAUACGAAGACAAAUCUGAGCAGAGGCCAGGAAGAGACGAGCGUCAUGGAUCCAAACACGACCAUCUUACGAGUCAAAAGAAAAAGGGGGACCGACCCCGCAGACGCUUUGUUGCUGGCGUGCAAACGGAUUCGGCCCGAAUCGUCUCAGAGCCCAGUAGUGGAAACGGUACCGGAGCCCAAUGAAGCCGAAGAGGUGGAAAACUCUGUCUUCAAACUCGUGGCGACCGUAUCGACACAGGAUGCUCCUGUGCAGACGCAGGUUCGGCAGGCUCUGGCCCGUCCCCGGAUGGCCCACGCUCUUCGCCCCUCUGCUGCCAGCUCCCAGCGAAUCAUCGGCGACCUGAGGAACACAAAGUGGAGCACCCGGAGGGAGGAGCGCUACAGAAUAGUGUCCAGCCACCGCGCGGGACUGUCCAGACCUGCUGUGCAGCAAACCUCACAGUCGGAUGCUUCUGAGGCUGGAGAGGAGAGUGAGCAAGSAAUUCAGGUUGUGGAUCUCAUUCACGAGGAAGAAGAUGACCAGGACAAACCUCCUCACAAGGUGCUCCCUUCAGACCCAGAAGUGAUUCUCUGCAACAACACCAAGAUGCUUCGGGAGCGUUUGAGCAUAUCUGGAGAGAAGUUGGGGGCGGAGCAUCGGGUGCAGGACGACGACUACGUCUACGACCUGUACUACCAGGAAACUGUCACACCAGGCUGGAUCCAGGACAUCCUGUCUGUCAGGGCCUACGCUGAUGAGGGAGAACUGGUCCCUGAUCUUGUGGUUCAUGAAGAGGAAGUCUAUGAUGACGAGGAUGAUGAGAAUGAAGAGUGUAACUGGAGGAAUGACUACCCUGAUGAGGAGAGUGAUGGAGACGGUGACAGAGAGGAGCGCUACGGAGGGUACUGGGAGGAGGAGCACUCGUACAGCAGGAGGAGCUGGCAGCGCUACCAGAGGGAAGUGUUGCACGAGCUGGGCUGCAGUGGCGAAGAUGACGACAAAGACAAAUCUGAUUCCGAUUAAUCUAUUUCUUGUUGCACCUCGGUCAGUGGUCUGCCCGCAAAUAACGCCUCACUCUGAGGGCCUCUGUGUGGUUGAAGGAAGAUUUAAAAACGAAUGAAACACUGCAACAUUCACACAACGCCCCCACACACAACAGAGCAGCAACUUGUGUAAAACAUCGUACUUUACACUCAUAGUAUAAAUACYUGGUUCAUAAAGCUUCCUGAUGAUUCUGAAUCUUUACUACACAGAUGCUGAAGGAGUGGGUGUUAUUUCCAGAAGGAUCCAGAGUGUCUGUCUUGUUGAUUUUAUUUAGAAGUUGUGGUGGAGUGGCUGUACGUGGGUGUUUGUUCCAAGUGGAUGCGUGUUAGACUUGUUGCACAUUAGUGUGGUAUGCCUCGUACGCUUUACGCUGUUACCAACUUCUGUUUAGUGAGGUUUGUCAGGACAUGUGUGCUUGCAGUUAGGAUGUUUGCAUUUUGUGCAUGGUAGUGCGUACAAAUAACUGUUUUCUUUUAUUUUUUUUUAUUUUUUGCAUAAUGUGAAAGCGUGGUGCGUUGUGGGAGUGAGUUUGGUUCAGCAGUCCUCUGGAAGUUCUGAUUGUUUGUUUUUUUAUUUUUUGAAUGCUUGUUGAGUUAAAUCUUUUUUGUAAAUAUGUAGAUGUGUAAACAAAGAACUUUCAAAAUAAAUAUUAGUCUGGGUUUUUUGUGUAUGCGA